AUGGAUACGGCAGUGAUUAAUUUUUCAGAAUCCGAUAGUUCGAUAGACAAUCGUUCGGGGGAUGAUGACGUAGAGGAAUCGUAUCCAGGAAUAAUAAUAAAAUCCGAUGCGAAACGAUUACGAGACGAACAAAUCAACAAUUUCAAUGACGAUUUAUUAUCCGAUAACGAAAACGAUAAUAAUAUUAAUGACGUUAUUCGUUACGGCCCUGAUUCGGAUUUCGACGUGAACGCGGCGUUAAAAAAAAAAACCGAUACGAUGUUAUCGAAUUUUGUCCAAGACGUUGAAAAAGAAUAUAAAAAUAGUAAAAAGUCAGGUUCGAAAGUUGAUAAUUUGAUUGAAGGACGCGAUCGUAAGUUCGAAUCGAACAAUAGUUUAGAUAUCGAUAAAGAAUUAAAUGAUUUAAUGGGAACUUUGUGCACGGAUUUAGUCGGAAAAAAUUGUCAAACAGUGGCGGAACCUACACUCACAAUAAACGGAAAUAAUUGUUUUUUAAAUAAUUUUACGAAAAACGACGACCGCGAUGAUGAUGACGAUGGAAGUCGAGUGAAUUUAGCAUACGAUGAAGAAUCGGAAAAUGAUGAUGAAAACGUUUUAAAAAAUCCGCGAUCGUCGUACGACGCUCGGGUGAACGAAUCGUACGAAGAUGAUUAUUGGAAAAACCAAAGGAUAAAAUCAAAAUCAUUUGUUGAAAAAUACAAAUUGGAAAAAUUAUUGAAAAGAGGAAAACAAAGGAUGUCGAUGAUCGAAUUAGGUAGCAGGUAUAAAAAACGAGGAGAUAAAAUAUUAAAAGAAAUGGAAUCAUCAUCAUCAUCAUCACCAUGUCCUUUUCAAAUCGACAACGAUUUUCCAUCCAAACCCGCGACUUAUUCAUGUAUCGGUUUAGCAUACGAUAGAUCAUCUAUGAUAGAACCAAAAGUAUCAAGCAGUGUAAGUUUAAACCAAAGACCACAAUCGGAAAUAAAUGGUGGGGGAGUGCGUUUUUCUCUGGAAUCACCUUCCAUCGUGAGCGAUUCAAACGAUUCAAAUCCAUGUAGUUUAUCGAAUCGUACAAACGAGGAUGGCGAAAUUUCACCGACGCAUUCAAAACUCAGUUGGCAAAAUGACGAAGAGGAACGCAUGCGCAAUAGGUCAUCGUCUCCACGAAUGAGUGAUACCGAAGUUAAUAAUGUUGUAAACAGUGAUUGUCGAGUUGUCGAGAGUAUUAUUUGCAAUGAGGAUAUGCCUUGCAAACCUUCUGUCGAUGACGGUGGAUCAAGCGGAGUUUCCAGCUGGUUGAGACAAUCCAUGAGAAGAGUUAGACAUUUUAAUUUAGAGGAUCCAAUUAGAAUAAGAAGUGCUCCUCCCGAUAGUUUACGCAUUCAAGUUGAAAGUGACGAAAGUGAAUCCGGUGUGUUACAACAAAACGUUAUUAAUAAUCGUUUGAACGAAACGGGAAGUAGUGAUGGACAACAACAGCAACAGCAGCAAACGAAUAGAUCGAGUGGAAACGAACAAAAUAGGUCACAAAGGAGAAGGACAAGGAGUAGACCGGCAUCAUUACCGGGAGGAAGAACAAGAUCUAUUAGUGAAGCAACACUCGUUCAACAGAACCAACAACAACAACAACAAAUACCGGAAACGGAAACGACGAAUUCAACGCCGCCGGCAAGUGAAGCACAAGAUAAUUUAGGAUAUGAAUCUGAUUCAACGGAUCGUCAUCCAUCUCCAAGGGGGUAA